CAAUAUCCGUUUCAGUGUUUUUCCGCCAUCACCACAGCAGGUUUCUAUGGUGCUGGGUGUAAGCGGAAUCAAUAGUUGGCAACCCACGUAAUCGCCCAGAUUUUAAUUGUCGCGUCAAUACUGCGUCACGACCGCGUCAAAUUCACCUGACCCGCCAAAAAUGCUCACGAUAUUUACUUUUUGCCGACUUCUGCCAUUCUACCAUGACCACUUGCCGUUCUGCCGUUCUGCCAUUUGCCACGUGCACGAGGUCAAUUGCUCUAUUGCCCCUACACUAAUGCUACCCCCGCGUUCGGCCCGCCCAUCUAUCAUUGGAAUAUUGAUGGAUACUGAAACCAAGUGAUCUCUACCCAGCUUCCUCUCAAUCACCCCUCAUCAUGGAGCCCGUCACAAAGAUCAUGCACUUUAAGACCUCUUCGUCUUACCUCGAGGAUCCCUCGCGAUUGAUUUCUGAGCUCACGACCACAUGUUCAGCAGGUAAAAUUGAUGGGUUUUCCAAGGCAUACCUUGGUUUCGAGGUUGAGGAUCCGACCAAUGCAUUCUGGGUCUUCGAGUGGGAGUCCUUGGCUGCGCAUGAUGCAUAUCGUCAGACAGAAACCUUCAAGGCCAUACAAGCAACUGCUCAGAAAAUCUAUACGGGCCAACCGAAACAUGUGUUUGUCAACUUUUCCGACACUAGUCGAAUCUUUUCUGCUCCAGUAACAGAACUCGUCACUUCUACCCUCAAGGAGGGUGUCAGUAUGGACAAGCUUGAGCCCCUCGUUACACAGUUUCAGGCCAAGCUCGAAGGAACACCAAACUUCUAUGGCUCGAGCUGGGCUCCUGUCAUUGAUAAGCCCAACGUGAUGUACGGCGUGUUAGGAUGGGAGAGUGUGCAGGCACACAGGGAUACUGUUAGCUCAGGCCCGCUCAAGGAGAUCAUUGAUCAAGUGAAGGAGGUUGCCGACAUUUGGCUUGUCCAUGCCAUACUGGCGCCAUCCAAAUGAUGAUGCACAAACCCAACUUUGCAUGGGAAGUCAUGAAAUAUGUACAAGCUUGGAUAUCCCCGAGGAACAUUUUGGUAAACGUUCAUCUGUUUUCAAUAUGCAGUGUUUAAAGUUAGCCGUGUGCCCAUAACCCACCCCUCACUUCACUUGAUCGGAUUCGACAGUGACACAUUAGACUGGC